AGAACAGCGAUGGGGUGGAGGGGACACAGGGAGAAGCUAGCAGGAGGGAAGGGACCUCCCAGCCGGGCGAUUGGCAGCAUGCACCCUAGUCCCCCCCAUAUCCCGCCCCCGCCCCGCCCCCGCCACCAUCUGCUCGGGAUUUGCGAUCCGGAGACUCCAGGCUCGGGGGCUCGGGGCUCCGGAGGCAACUGAUCGGGUCUGCUCAGGGCCCUGGAGCUGCCGGAGGAUCCGACACCUUUCCAACCUGCUGCGCCUCCCGAAGCGGCUGCCGGUGUUCCCGCGUCCCAGCCCCGGGCCGGGCGCUGAUGGAACCGCGGCGAUGUUCACUCUGGCCAGGCUGCUGGAUUUCCAGAAAACCAAAUAUGCGAGGUUUAUGAAUGACCGAGUCCCAGCGCACAAGAGAUACCAGCCCACAGAGUAUGAACAUGCAGCGAACUGUGCCACCCAUGCUUUCUGGAUCAUUCCCAGCAUCCUUGGCAGCUCCAACCUCUACUUCCUGUCUGACGAUGACUGGGAGACCAUAUCUGCCUGGAUCUAUGGCCUUGGCCUCUGUGGCCUCUUUGUGGUGUCCACCAUUUUCCACACAGUCUCAUGGAAGAAGAGCCAUCUCAGGAUGGUGGAGCACUGCCUGCACAUGGUCGACAGGAUGGUGAUUUACUUCUUCAUCGCAGCCUCCUAUGCUCCUUGGCUGAACCUUCGGGAGCUGGGUCCCUGGGCCUCCCACAUGCGCUGGCUGGUCUGGAUCAUGGCCUCCAUCGGUACCGUCUAUGUCUUUUUCUUCCAUGAACGGUACAAGCUUGUGGAGCUGCUUUGCUAUGUGGUGAUGGGUUUCUUCCCAGCCCUGGUCAUCCUCUCCAUGCCCAACACUGAUGGCAUCUGGGAGCUGAUGACAGGAGGGGCUUUCUACUGCCUGGGCAUGGUGUUCUUUAAGAGUGAUGGGAGAAUUCCCUUUGCUCAUGCCAUCUGGCACCUCUUUGUGGCAUUUGGUGCUGGUACCCACUACUAUGCCAUCUGGAGGUACCUGUACCUGCCCAGCACACUGCAGACCAAGGUGUCCAAAUGAGUGGCCCAGACUCCAUGGGUCAUUUGGACUUUGGGAUCAAAGGAUCAUGGGAAGUGAACUGUGCCAAGAUCUGCCUGUCUUUUCCUGGAUGGAAUCCUUCAUGGGUCUAAGGUCCCUUUCAGUGACAGACAGACCAUCUUUUGAAUCUCCAGUAAGGAAGAAAACAGUUAGUCAUUUCCAUGGAGGAGAAAUUAAUUCUGUACUGUGUUUCUACUUUAGGCAAUUUUUUUUUACUAUAACCAAUAUUAACAUCUUCAAAAAAAGGGCCAAAUAGGGAAUGAUCAUCCAAAAGGUAAUUUUUAAGGUCCUGAGGACCUCCCUUUUUGCUUCAGGGGAAAGUGAUUUAGCAUUAUAAAUGACAGAUGGGGCAUAUCCCUGACCAUGAUAGGCAUCACCAAUCAAUUGCAGCAUGGGUUUAACAGUAGAAUUCAACAUAGUGUCCCAUGCAGACAUUACUAAUUGAUUCUGUGCUCAUGAUGGAACCUUUUGGUUGGCCCGGUGUGUUAAGAGACAGGAUCACAGCAUAGCUACUAGAAGUCGCUGUGUGGAGGAGCAUGCUCAUCCUUGACCACCAUUACCUUCUAUUCCCUCAUGUCCAUAUUUGAGGAAGUUCUUGAAGUGGGUUGUUUGGAGGCAGUGCAGGAAGACCAAGGCAUACAUUCCAAGCAGCUCCUGACACUCUGCUCCGCCAUGGCUGGCUCUUGGUUCUAGAGGAACUGAGAUCUGGGAUGAAGAUGCUGCUACCUGGCCAUUUUUUUCUCAUCUCAAAGAAUCUGGAGAAAUGACACCGUGUUCACCAGAGGGGCUUUUUCUUGGUGUCAUGAGAUGGCUCUCAGAGGCCCCUCUGAUGAGCCUAGGGGCAGGGUCUUCAUCUAUCAGAAUGGUUGGAAUGCCACCAUCCCUCAACCUCUGAAGUGACCUGUCAGCUAAGAACGUGGCUCCCAGGGCCCUGUCCUCAGCCACCUCUACUCCUGGGCUAGCCUCGUCAUAAGAUGCCACCUGGACACUGGCUGAGUAUGGGAGCAGCAGGCCUAGCUCCUGACCUGAACUGGCACAUCAGACUUUCUGCAAGAGUCUGCUGGAAAGCCAGGGUCUUACUCAACAACUGCCAGCCAGAUGGGUGUGGGCAAGGGUAGGCCAAGACAGGGUGCCUUAUACUUUGUUCUAGCACAUUCCAAGGUAUUUCGGGACUUCAGCACCUGGAAUCCCAUAUGUCAAAGCCAGUAUUAAAUCAAGUUUAUGCAUUCCUCAGAAA